AUGUCCUCGUUAAAUAAGAAAUUCACUUUACGUUGUCAUACUGUUCGGCUAUCACCUCCUUUUUUUUCCUUCGCUCAAUCUUUCUUUCUUUCUUUCUUUCUUUCUUUCUUUCUACCUUUCUUUCUUUCUUUCUUUCUUUCUUUCUUUCUUUCUUUAUCAAUCUCUCUAAGGUUGUUAAUAUCUAACACGGUCAAACCCCGUCAUAUCUAUCUAAUUACUAGUAAAAAUAAUUCACUUUAUUCUACCCCUUUUUACAUUAUACAACAUUUAUCUCACCCCUCUUUAUUUAUCUAUCUAUCUAUCUAUCUAUCUAUCUAUCUAUCUAUCUAUCUAUCUAUCUAUCUCUAUCUCUAUCUCUCUCUCUCUCUCUCUAUAUAUAUAUAUAUAUAUAUAUAUAUAUAUAUUCAUCCACAGACAGACUACUGUUCAUUAUCUAUCUAUCUAUCUAUCUAUCUAUCUAUCUAUCUAUAUAUCUCCUAG